CUAUUGCGCGUCGUUAAAAUCAUUGAGUGUAUUGUACAGUCGUUACUUCGACUUACAGAAGAUAACAUGGGCGACUUUUUUCGUAUCGUAUUUUUCACCAUUCUAUCAUUUCAUCAUACGUGGUCAAAAGGUAAGUGAUUCAUUUAUGUCUUAGUAGCCCAUAAUUUCAAAAUAAAGCUCCUGUUAUCAUGUUUUUAAUCCCUCUUUAAUUCAUUCAACGGGAAUGAACUGAGAAGUCUACAUUUAACUAAAGCUUCAAAGAUACAAUGCGCAUUGCUGCGGGAUGAACCACAAUAAGGUUCUGAUUUAAGUAGGGAAACGAUCGAUGUCAGGGAUUGUUAGCUUGCCUUUCAACGCAAUGUCGUAUUAAUAAGCGAGCUUCUCUUCGUUGAAUUUUCCCAUCAGUAGUUUGCGUCGUCGACAUUUAUCGGAGUCGUUCAAUUAUCAACGCAUAAAUUAUUUACAUGAAGCUUGAAGAUUUGAGUUACACGAUUCCCAUCAUAGUUUAAAAAUUUUUAUGAAAAUGAAUUUGUCUUGGACUUCCUUCAGCGCAGUAGCUUGCAUGCGGUGAACGUGCCAAAAUGUCACACUGUCUGGCACAUGCUGAAGUACGUCUUAGAUUACACUCAAGGAAUUACGAAUUUCGUAGAUCUAGUAAGAGAUUGGGACCCAAUUUGGUGUGAAAAAUGUUGAUAUUACGUGCACGGAAAGUUUGAACAAAUAAAAUGAGACAGAAUAAAAUCAAAUAAAAUUAAAUAUUUAACUGCGCUACCCUACCCUCAUGUACUGAGCUUCAGUUUUUCCACAAGAAAAAGAAAUAAAAACUAAAUCUCGCACCCGGUGAAGGGGAUUAAUCGAUGAAGAGGAAAAGUAACUGUGACCAAUCUUUGUUAACCAAUCUUUGUUAAAGGAACUGUUAACUCAUAGGGAGCAAGAUCUUAGAACUACAACAAUCUUGGUUGCCUGCGUCGCACACACUCGAUCUGAACCUUUUGUAUAGAGCUAUGGACGAACUGUAUGCAAAUGGUUUAGACGAGUAGUGGAAGGAAGACAAAUCGUUCAAGAGUCACAUGUUUGCGGUUUUCAAUCUGUUACAUGCUAGCUGAAAAGAUGAAAGAUUCAGGCGCUAAGAAGGCCUAGCCGGUGGCCUUCGGUAGAUUCUAGAAAAAUCAAUUCAUCGUAAUAAGGCGAGAGACAACCGCGAGAAGCAAGAUGAGUGGGCUUGGCUUUUUACUAGCCUCCCACCAACUAACCACGUCAAACAAACGAAAAUCUCUUCCGCUUCCUUUUAUGAUAUUUUCCAAGGCUAGGACUUCCUCUUUCCAUGUACAAAGUUUCAAAGUCAUUUAACAUUGGGCUUUGCUCAUUCAUUACAUUCUUUACUAACUUUUUAAUUUGUUAGCUAAAGUAAACCUCUUGAUAAUGCAAGUUAAACAGUUAUAAGAGAUUGGCCUUUUUUGCAUGCUGCCAUCGUCAUUCCUCUUAUUCUGAAUGUUUGAUUUGAUGUCAGAUGAUUGCAACCACCCCCUCGGAAUGGGUGAAAAAGACAAGAGAAUCCCGGAUGAGAGUAUUACGUCAUCAUCCAAGUUAAGCUCGGAUCACGCUCCUUCUAACGCAAGAUUGGAUGGACCGAGAGCCUGGUGCUCCGCUCUAGAUGAUAACUCGCCUUACAUACAGAUUCGUUUUGUUAAGGAAAAGUUUAUUACUGCAAUAGAAACUCAAGGAAGCGCUCCUGAUAACAGUUGGUCAACUAAAUAUGAUGUUCAUUACUUAAAGAAAGGGAAAUGGACACUAUACAAAGAGGUAAUAUGGCUUAGUACUGCAUUUUACACUCUGCCCCGGGUAUAUCUCAAGAAUUUGCAAUUUUUGUAGUUUACAGUUAAUUACCCAUUUCGAGAACGAAACAUUUCUGUAGUUUACCAGAACUAGCAGCUUGAAGGAGAAGAUAAGAAAUUAAAAACAUUUCUCAUCUCCUGGGCCAAAAGACUGACCCGCAGGACUAGUCACGGGUUUUUGUUCGUUUUAAGGCAAAAUUGAACUUUACAUAAUUCAGUAAAAUCCUCACAGGGCUGAACAUUCAACAAACAAACAGGUUAAAAAGCAAACCUUUUUUCCCGCCAUCAUUGCCGCAUGAUCCAGUACACGUUUGCUACCCGGGAAUCGAAGGGCGGAGUAUGUACGUUUGGUGCAAUUCUUUAAUAAUAAGUUACUCAAACACUUUGACUGGCCUGGCGCACAGAUGAUAAAAGUGUCGCUGUUUCUUAUUCUUAUUCUUAUUCUUCUUAUUAUUAUUUCUUUCGUUUCGCAAGAGGAUUCACGGUUGUUUAGCUUCUUGCUAAGUCCUCCAUCCAAAACUAAUGGCAGCGAUGGCAAAUCUACCCUUUUACUAAGACGGGACUCGUGCAAAUUGCGAUGAAACUCAUGCUCUUUUGGUACGUCCAUAAAAACUAACUGAUUAACAUCUUGCUUUGUAAAAUGUGCUACAAUUUUGGGCCGGUUUAAUCACUUUUAAAAGAGUCCGUGUAAAGAGAAGGAUAUCUGCUCUGUUUACAUUCACUCUGGCAUUCAGAACUUGAAAUGUGUGGUAAUGAAUAAUAAUGAUUCAGGUAUUAGCUCAUACAAGUGAUCAGUCAGUCGUAUUUACUCUAUUUAGGGGCUUACUGGUAAUAGGCACCCUAACAGACUCCAGAAGAACAGCUUCAAAGCGACAGAGCAGUUCAGGACAAGUUCCAUUCGUAUUUAUCCCAAAGAGCCAUUUAGAAAGUUUCCAAAACUAACACCUAAAGUACCUUGCCUUCGACUGGAGCUCUACGGAUGUACAGCACCAGGUAAAUUAUCCGAUUAUUUGUAAUUUGUUUGUUAUCAAACAAUCAGCGUUAUUAUAUUUCCUCGAGUCAGCGACCUUGCUCUCAUCAGCGUCUUCCCUUAAUAAGAGGUUACUCCUCUUAACUAUCAAAUACGCCAACCAUUCAACAAGCGCCCUGCACGAUUUUCAAUCCUUUUUUUGUUUGAUAAGUCGCUCUUGUCGUUAUCUCACUUUUGGGUACAGAUUUUCCUGUUCGUUAUUAAGAGUUUCCUUCUCGAAUAAUCGUUACAAACAAUACCCGAGUAGGAACCCAGAAGAUUGUAAAGCGCAGAAAAUUAAACGAACGGCCAUUAAGGGGAGUUCAUGAGUGUAGUCAAAAAGUUAUAUUACUGUAGCACUCAAAGCAUCUAUUUGUAUUGAAACGAAUCUUUGAAAGCUGGUUCUAUGUUGUAGAUUGUUGAAUAGAAUGUUAUUCAUUAUUCUCAGCAAUUUGCAAAGAUCCUGGAAUUCCACAAUAUGGCGUAAGGCAGGGUAAUGAUUUUGAACACGGUAUAGCAGUGAACUUCACGUGUAAUGCCGGAUUUACUUUGGUCGGUAGCAAGUCAAUCAAGUGUCACAAUGGAAUUUGGAGCUCAGGUUUACCUCAAUGCAAAAGUAAGUUGAUUUGAAUGGUAAUAUAGGUUUCUAAACAGUAGGUUUUGCUUUUGUACUCUUUUGCAACUGCAUAAAAAAUAUUAUUUUAAAUUUUUCAACCCACACCUCGAGGGUGGAAGAAAAAAGUUUAAAAAGAAAUAGAAGUGAAUUAAAAGAAUCAAUCACCUAACCCUUCGCCGAAAUUUUAAGUUUUAAAAUGAGCGGAGCUCCAUAGCUAAGGAAAUGUGGUAAUCUACUCAUUCGAGAUAAUUUGGUAAUCACGUGACCGUACAUCGACCGCCCAACCGCCCGCCCGACCGUCCGUCCGCACCACAGGCAUACCAAUGUAAAAUAACUCAAUCAACAGGUAUGGCAACCCAAAUACAACUCAAGGUUUUAUUUGGAAGGAAAUCACAUGGCCGCCCAGACUUUUAGAAAGAAAAAACAACAACAAAGUCGUGUCUUUUUCGGCGUUAUUUUUAUGUUUACACUAGCAUGGAUAACAGAGAAACAGCAAGAGCGUGUUAUUGAAAACAAAGGAGACGAAUUUCGAAGGAAGAAAAACGUGGAAAUUGAAAGCGGCGGUGAGAAAAUGAGAAAUUCUAGUAGCCAGGUGAAAAUGAGCGGCAGUGAAAAAUAAAAGCGAACAUGAACACAGAAAACAAAAUAUUGGGUAAGUACAUACGACAAUUCCUCCAUAAAAAUAAUGUGUAACUAGGAAGUUUGACGUUUUAGCCGUACAAAACAGCGUUGCAGUCGUACAAAACAACGGCAAGGGAAUACAAAAAAGCGUGCUGUACAUGCAAAUUUGUUUUUUGCUAAUUAGAAGAAAAAGUGUGCUGCGCGUGCGAUUUGUUUUUUUGCUAAUUAGAUCUAUUAGUCUUGAAGCCAUUUUCAUUGUCGUCCCCGUUUAGCAUUACGCAAUCAAUUUUUUUUUUGCUUACAUGUAUUAUUAACCAGAGCUUCGCUUUUAGCCCUGGCUAAAUCUAUAUAUUAAGUAAUACCGAUUUGUCUUUAGCUACUUGCAGGAAUCCUGGAGUCCCGCAAAAUGGAAGGAGGCGAGGAAAUACGUUUAUUGAUGGCGACUCAGUUGAAUUUUCCUGUGAUGCAAAUUACACAUUGAUUGGCUCGUCUGUUAUCCGCUGCAUUAAGGGAGUGUGGAGUUCAACUGUUCCGACUUGCAAAGGUGUUAUGAAUUGUUAUUCUUUUCCGCUCCCCUAAAAACUAUCGUAGAACCAUCAUACUUCUAAGCAUGCCAAAUAAACAACCGAAUCUGAAAUCAUUCCUUUCGUCAGAUGUGGUAACGUUUUCAGCACAUCUGAGCGUAACUAUCAAACGUUUAACAAGAUACAAGCAAAAAGUAGUUUUGGCUGCCAUGAUGGAGGGCAUGGCGGCCAAUACAAAUCAUACUACUUUGUUGAGUGCCAUAAAAUAUGCCUUUUCUCUCAAAUUUCGGGUGUAAGAUAAUUUUUAUGUCCUCCGUCAAUUUUUGGCAUCAGCAAGAUUCCAACUUAUUGUUUAAAAGGAAGCAUUGGUCACGUGACCUCUUAGUGCAGGUGGCCUAUUAUUCGUUAUGUUCCGUCGCAGUGGAUCUGAACCAAAGUAGACAUCAGCUGUUGUUGUAGAUUUUCUUACACCUUUGUGUAAAUUUAGUGUGUUACAAAUUUCAGAUCAGUGAUGAUAAACUGAGGUAUCGGUGUACUCUAACCAGUGUUGUUUAUUUUUCUUCCUUUCUUUUAGCUUCUUGUCCAGAUCCCGGAGUACCACAAAACGGCCAGAGAAUUGGCACGAGUUUUGGGGACGGCAAACACCUUCAGUUUUCUUGUAGUUCAGGUUAUUGGUUGGUUGGAAGCCAGCUGAUCGUUUGUAAUGAAGGCAAAUGGAGUAACGACAUUCCCACGUGUAAAGGUUAGAUUUUCUAUCGUGAGAACUCAACGCGUCAUGGUAGUGUUUUUUGGAAAGAAGAGAUAAAAACUUUGUGUUGUUAAGUUAAGUGAUAGAAUUAACAAGCACUCUUGAAAGCAGACAGAGUAAUACCAUAUCAAGAAGAAAGACAACAUUUUUUUUGUUUUCAAUCGUGUGUUUUCUUGUUCUAACUAGUCCCAUCACUAUUGUUUUGAAGUGAUUCAGUUAAGGAACAAGGGUCAUUCAUUCAAUCACAAUCCGUAAAUCAGAAACUAAAAGAUGUUAAAUUUGUUCAGUACUGACCAUCCUCGGAACUUUCGGAGUCCAUGUGAUUUCAACGAAAUUCUCUUCCAGAAUAGUCCGUCAUGGUUAGCAUCGUUUUAGAUUACGCUUUGCAACGUAGAUUUCUUUGCCUGAAACAAUAUUCCGCUUAAGCAGAAAGAGGGGUGGAAGGGAAGGGGGCGGGGGGGGGGGGGGGGGGGUUGAGAAGGGGGGGGGGGGGGGGGGGGGGGGGGGGGGGGGGUUGAGAUACUGCUAAAGGGUUCUCCUUCAGCAGCAGCUUCUCUAUAAACCAAUUGGUUUGACCAGGAGCCCGGUUUGACAAAACAUUGAUUGACUGCUAAGCACUACCCAUUUCUCUCCUUUAAGGGGUGAAUUUCGCUAGAAUCUCAUUUUUUUAAUGCACUGAUAUUCGCAUUCAUUUUUGUUUUUUGUUUCAUGAUGCCAAUUGUCGUGCCGAGUUUCUUUCCUACCACUUGUAAACGCUUAUAAACGCCUCCGAGAAGACAUAUUAUUUUUUCACGAGCCUGAGUUUGAGAUGAAUUUACUUUUGUAAUUUUUGCCCUUAUAAUUAACCCUUUUUUUAUCAGCUAUGUGUAGAGAUCCUGGUAUCCCUCGUAAUGGGAUAAGAAUAGGCGAUGAUUUUGGAGAUGGUCAAAUGGUAGCUUACCAGUGUGACAGCAAUUUUGAUCUUUUUGGUUCAUCUACGUCGUUUUGUAUAGCAGGAGAGUGGAACUCCACAAGACCAACAUGUAAAGGUGUGUACGUCGUCAUGAAAUAUUCUUAAAAUAUAUUACCGUAAUGUUCUCAUAGUAGCAGCCCCGGUUAAUUUUGGAAUUAGCAGCCUUUGGGACUCGUUACUUUCGGGGUGUCUUUUCUCUCGGGGGAGGGGGAGGGGGAGGGGGGGGUCGUUAUUUUCGGGGACCAAACACCAGCAUCAACAACGUUGGUCUACCGGACUACCGAAUGGGUGAAUCAGCCGAUGUAGAGGAAAUCGAAUUCUUCUCUGACUCAGGGGCGAGGAAAGCUAAACUCAGUGCUUAAAUAGUCCAUGAAAAAAAAAAGCGUUUUAUAGUCAGGAGCCCUCAGGGUGAUGGGCUCCUGUUAAUGUGCAGUAUACAGAAGUUUCAGUUUUAACUUGAAGAAACGUUCCUGUUCUUGAUAUGAACUUUAUAUCAGUGUAGUUUUUGCAUUGUGCAAUCUGUGAACUGACGUCAACGACGAAUGAUAGUUUCAGGCAUGUCAUAUUUUCCUUAUUGUAAAGUGCCUUUUAGUGAUAAAGUUAUAAAUGCACGAAGAUAUAAGUAUUGUAGGUACAUUAAAAAUUUGACUAUGGAUUGCAAUUGGAAAACAUUAAAGGCAUAAGACUCGGUAUACUUAUAACUGAAAAAACUUAGUCUCGAUAUACUUUUUUGGGGACUCGCUACUUUUGGGGGGGUCGCAACUUUCGAGGGCUCGCUAUUUUCGGGAUUUAUUAGAAGUCAGAAACUUUUGACGUUUCGGGGGGUCACCACUAUGGGAACUUUACGGUAUUGUGAAAAUUUGCCUCUUAUACAAAGGAAGGAGUAAUCAGAGUAACUUCAACUGAAACAACUGAAACUUUCAUGUUGGUGUUCAUAUUUAUAGCUUCCUGCUCUGAUCCUGGUGUGCCUAAACAUGGCCAGAGGAUUGGUUCUAACUUUGGACAUGGCAAUAAGGUCACAUUUGUGUGUCCUCCUCAGUACAGCCUGGAGGGAAGCCAUUCUAUGACAUGUCAUGAUGGAAAAUGGACCUCUACCCUUCCUGUUUGUAAAGGUAUUUUGAGGUGAAAAGGAAAAGACAUUCGAGAAGAACGCUAAUUGUUCCUUUUUAAACAGAUACAGUGAAGGCAUAAACAAAGGACGUAACUUAGCUUUUCAAACUACCCGACCAGCCUUAACUGUAGCCAAACUUUAAAACUUCUCUAUUUCACAUUUGUGAAACAGAGAACACCUUUUCUGUGUUAGAAGGCUGUAAUUGGAUUGAUAGAGCUUAUAAAAAAGAUAUUUUUAAUCACAUCAAAUCUGCAGGUUUCUAUGCUCGGAAUUCCCUAUCUGUGUGGGAAAAAGCGAUCUGCUGAAAUUGACAGCAACAUUUCCAUCAUUAAAAAACAUUUUUGUGCACCAUUAAAGUUAUAAUAAUAUAUAAAGUAAGUCAAUAUCUGAAAGAUUAAGCUAUUAUCUCUUUUUACUUUCCUAACUUUCUUUACUUCCUUUAACAGAUUAUGUUUUAGACGACAAGAAUUUAUUAGCCUUUCUUUCUAUCUUAGCAUCCUGUAAGGACCCAGGCAGACCUAAAAACGGCGUCAGGCAUGGAAACGAGUUUGGUCACAAUAAACGCAUUUCAUUCUCUUGUCAGCCGGCCUUCCAAAUGACCGGAAGUUCCGCUGCUGUUUGUAUCAAUGGAGAAUGGAGUGCAUCUGUUCCUCGCUGCAUUGGUACUGAUGCGUUGUUUUGCUUAUUAUGUAUUGUUUUACUGAUACUGAAGAAUAACUGUGUCUGCUUACUAUACUAAUGAUUUUUUUAGCUAUCUGUCCUGAUCCUGGGGUCCCUUCUAAUGGAAGUAGGAUAGGGGACAACUUUCUUGAUGGUCAAACUGUGGCUUUUAGGUGUGAUCAAGGUCACACCCUUAUUGGCUCUCAAGUAUUACGAUGCGUGGCAGGAAAAUGGAAUGGAGUUUCGCCAACGUGUAGAGGUAUAAUUUUUGCUCUAGAAGGAAAGCUUGGCAAGCAAAUUUUUGUCUUGCUUCUCUUAAUGUUUUAAUGGUAGCGCCCGGCAACUAUUUUUCUUAAUUUUCUUGGUAUUCCUUCCUUUAAAGCCUCGUGUCCGAACCCAGUUGUUCCGUCCAACGGUCGUGUUCUUAAUUCAAGGCCUGGUCUUAGUCGCCAUGGCGACAGGGUUAAGUACGCUUGUAACUCUGGUUUCAGACUUGAAGGCACUUCCGCCAUAAGGUGUAACAAUGGAAAGUGGAAACCAUCCGCUCCCUUGUGCAAAGGUAUGAAGGUGAUUAUUUCAUCUACGAAAUAAACACGUAUGUCGAUCUUAUAUAGAGGAUAUCACAUGGCCCCGCGGAGAUACGAAAUUUCUCUUCGAGUGUUGAAAAAUAUUUCACGAGUUAGCGCAGCCAAUGAGUAACAUUUUUUCAACAGGAGAAGAGAAAUUUCGUAUCUCCAAGCGGCCAUGUAAUAUUCUAUUUAUUAUAUAAACACCAAUGAACUAUCAAACCAUUUCACUAAUAGUUGUUUGGUGUGAAAGGCGUGAUUUAUUAUGUAGCCAUAGAAACGGUGAUAUUUUCACAUGUGAAGAUAUCACGCUUUCGCGCGAAAGCUCACCUGGUAUUUCAUUGGUGUUUAUAUAAUAAAGAUUAUUUUGCGCCAGAGAAAAGAGGUUACAGAUGCAUAAACUUUUGAUGGUUUCUUGACCUUUUUAUGCCAGAAGAACAAUUAAGCGUUGAUUUCCUGUUUUUGCCAAAGAUAGGUCGGCUGAAGGAGAUUACCGUAUUUCCUCGAAUAAUAACCGGGGGCGAUUAUUAUAAUUUUCGCACAAAAAGGGAGCGUUGUUUGAGGGAAGGCGGUAAUUUUAAACAAUGCUCACUGAACUGAAUUUUUUGUUUUAUUAUCCCAUUAAAUCAAAAACGAUCAUUUCAAAUAUACUGAACAUGGGCUUUUAAUAAUCAAAAUUUGGUUCCUUGAUUAAUUUUCAAUGUCAAUAUCCAGCGUCAGAGAUUGAAUCCUCACUGAUCAGUUUCGCUGAAUCAGACUCCACUUCAACUUGACAUGGAGAGGAUAAAAGAAAGAGAAGGUGGCUAGAGGGCUGAGGGGAAGGCGAUUAUUCCAGAGAGUAGAUUAUUUUAAAUAUUUCCAUCUAAGGGGGGUGAUUAUUAAUCGAGGGACGACUAUUAUUCGAGGAAAUACAAUAAACCGAAAAAUCUUCUUGGAGGAAACAAAGAAACAAAGGGAAAACUGAAAACCAACUUGUUUUCUUUCUUUUAGAUGUAAACGAAUGUAUAGAAGGUCUGUCAAACUGUCAUGCCAACGCUAACUGCAAGAAUACUGCUGGCUCAUUCACUUGUAAAUGUAAAACGGGUUGGGCCGGAAGUGGCAGGAUCUGCUCAAGUAAGACCGUAAUUUCGAUUGAGAUUUACAUGUAUAGUAACCUUCACUAUAUCGGGUAGAUGUAAAUGAUGGUUCUACUCUGGUUCUUGUUUGUGCGUCCUUUCUGUAUGUGUUGUAGUUUUUAGACAAUUUAGCUAUGAGUCUGGGAGUUAAUGACGAACAGUCUCAUAUUAUCCCUUCAUUUACUAAGUAAGGCUGUCUUUAGCUGAUACCAAGGCUAACAGAUCCAUAGUUGAUGCUUAUCCAGGGACACGUUUCAUAUAACGCGAAGAGCUCGAGAAUCGUGGGGUGACGUCGACGACCUUAAACUUUCGUAGAGUACCCAAAGCAUUGACGCACGCUUAGGAUGACUUGCACUUGUUAUUAUGAGAUUGCAUGUUAUCUCCCAAUGCAUGUUAAUAUUUUGUUGGGAUUUAAUUUUGUUGUGAUAAAAAUUUAAUUAUUCUUUGUUCUCGUUCAUGGAAAUAUUGUAAUAUGAAUAUUACUCUAAAGAAUGGCAUAGUAGAGACUCCGGCAGAUGGUAAUGUUUCGCUGAGUCUUUCAAGUUCCUUCAAUUUGUUUCAGAAUUGUGUCAGGACCCUGGAAUUCCACCAAACGGGGCCCGGAGAGGAAAUGAUUUUCGAGAUGGGAAGCGGCUCAGUUUUACUUGCAAUAAUGGUUAUACCUUGAUCGGGAGUCGAGCAAUAACCUGCUCGGAAGGAAAGUGGAAUUCAGCAAUUCCGCAGUGCAAAAGUAAGUUAAAAGAAUAAAUAAAUGCAGGGAAAAUCAUCGCAGUUGAAGGCGCUGCUUAUACACCUCCAAAGAGAAAGCCUGAAAAAAUUCAGGCUUGCCGGCAUUCCAACCCUGACUUCUGAUGCAACGCUAUAACCAAUUAAGCUAACAAGUCAACUGGGAACUGGUCAUUAAAUUGUUGGUUCGUAAAAUACCGGAACCUAAAAAUGAAGAUGAAAGCUAAAUUGGUGAGAGCGCUUCACCGGUAUAAAAGUGGUCAGAGUUUCGUGUUAUUGUUGUUGUUUGCAAAAAAUUCCGUUGAUUAAAGCUAGAAGUAUUAUAUAACGUAUCAUUCGUGUUUGGAGAGUGAAAUAUUUUGUGACUAUUAAAUUUAUUUAGAGACUUGCGCUGAUCCUGGAGCUCUACAAAACGGUCGUAGAAUUGGCAGUGAUUUCCGUCAUGGCAAAACAGUAAAGUUUCUUUGUCAAUCUCGUUUUACGCUGAGAGGGGCUAGGAGCAUUACUUGCAAUGAUGGAAGAUGGAGCGGUAAAAUUCCCGUAUGUACAGGUAUAGUUUAUAUGAGCUUGAGUGUUGUGUACAUAAAACGUCAGAAGUUACUUAUCGCGUAACUUGAAAUAAUUUAUAUAUAUUUAUAUAGACGUUGCGCUUGAAGAAAUGAUGCUUUCGAUAAACAAGAAAUUGUCAGCCAAAACGUCCUUUUUUGUCGGCUAUUUCUUCGUUUUGAACCUCGUGAACGUAGAUAAUUGAAUUUUUUUUGGAUUUUUAUCCUCUCUUGUUCAUAGACAGUGUAAAAUCACCACUACGAACUAAUUAAGCCCCAGCGCCCGCUUUGUUUUUAGAUUCUCCUCCUUUCGCUCCUGGCACCAGCUUACAUAUCAGUGAUGGGCAAACAGGUCUCAUAAAGAGUUAAUUUUCACCUUAGAAAGUUGACAUUAUCCUCCUCGACCAGCACUUUUCUGCGAUUCAUAUAACUUUCAGUCGAUGCUUUUCCUGAGCAAUUAGCACAUAGACGUUAUUUUCAUUAUUACUUUUUAGCAAUCUGCAACGACCCUGGAACUCCUCAAAACGGAGUAAAGCAUGGUAGAAAUUUCGAAUCUGGCUCAACGGUGAACUUUACGUGCAAUGCUGGAUACACGUUGGUUGGUAGCAAAACAAUUGAGUGUCGCAGUGGACGUUGGAGCUCAAAUUCACCACAUUGCAAAAGUAAGUUAUGGUUUCACUAUGACUCUAAAAAAUCAAAAUUUCAAGUUUCCAGUUUAUUAUUAUUUCAGGUAGCUAGGCUUAUCUAGGCAGGUCAGUCUCACAAGUUUUAAUAUUGCAGAUUUCAAAAAUAGUUUAAAAGAGGGAUUAACAAAUUAACAGUUUUGCAAAACGGAGAGAAAAAGGAGAACUUAAUAAAAGGAGAAAAAAUGAAAUAAUUAUGAUAUGAUAGGUAUCUAGAUAUAUGUAUAGAAGUUAAUACUUUUUAAUAUUAGGCAUGAUUUUGUCAUUAAUACACACUCAUGUUAGUCUGGUCUUUAUGUCAGUAAAAAGAACAACGCCCAUUUUUCCCUUACUGUGCUAACUGCACAAGUGCAUGUGAGUGCAAGAAUCUACACAGUUUCANUUUACGCUGAGAGGGGCUAGGAGCAUUACUUGCAAUGAUGGAAGAUGGAGCGGUAAAAUUCCCGUAUGUACAGGUAUAGUUUAUAUGAGCUUGAGUGUUGUGUACAUAAAACGUCAGAAGUUACUUAUCGCGUAACUUGAAAUAAUUUAUAUAUAUUUAUAUAGACGUUGCGCUUGAAGAAAUGAUGCUUUCGAUAAACAAGAAAUUGUCAGCCAAAACGUCCUUUUUUGUCGGCUAUUUCUUCGUUUUGAACCUCGUGAACGUAGAUAAUUGAAUUUUUUUUGGAUUUUUAUCCUCUCUUGUUCAUAGACAGUGUAAAAUCACCACUACGAACUAAUUAAGCCCCAGCGCCCGCUUUGUUUUUAGAUUCUCCUCCUUUCGCUCCUGGCACCAGCUUACAUAUCAGUGAUGGGCAAACAGGUCUCAUAAAGAGUUAAUUUUCACCUUAGAAAGUUGACAUUAUCCUCCUCGACCAGCACUUUUCUGCGAUUCAUAUAACUUUCAGUCGAUGCUUUUCCUGAGCAAUUAGCACAUAGACGUUAUUUUCAUUAUUACUUUUUAGCAAUCUGCAACGACCCUGGAACUCCUCAAAACGGAGUAAAGCAUGGUAGAAAUUUCGAAUCUGGCUCAACGGUGAACUUUACGUGCAAUGCUGGAUACACGUUGGUUGGUAGCAAAACAAUUGAGUGUCGCAGUGGACGUUGGAGCUCAAAUUCACCACAUUGCAAAAGUAAGUUAUGGUUUCACUAUGACUCUAAAAAAUCAAAAUUUCAAGUUUCCAGUUUAUUAUUAUUUCAGGUAGCUAGGCUUAUCUAGGCAGGUCAGUCUCACAAGUUUUAAUAUUGCAGAUUUCAAAAAUAGUUUAAAAGAGGGAUUAACAAAUUAACAGUUUUGCAAAACGGAGAGAAAAAGGAGAACUUAAUAAAAGGAGAAAAAAUGAAAUAAUUAUGAUAUGAUAGGUAUCUAGAUAUAUGUAUAGAAGUUAAUACUUUUUAAUAUUAGGCAUGAUUUUGUCAUUAAUACACACUCAUGUUAGUCUGGUCUUUAUGUCAGUAAAAAGAACAACGCCCAUUUUUCCCUUACUGUGCUAACUGCACAAGUGCAUGUGAGUGCAAGAAUCUACACAGUUUCAUGUUGGCAGGCAUGCAUUUUAUAUCAGUUGAUGUAGUUAAACGCGGUGUUUAACCGCGAUUCUAAUCCGUAUAGCCUUUUCUUCCUUCACAGAGACUUGCAGUGAUCCUGGAGCACCACUAAACGGACUCAGAAUUGGUAGUAACUUCAGUCAUGGAAAGACGGUUAACUUUCUCUGCCCGCACGGCUUCACGUUGCGCGGUGUGAGUAGCAUAACCUGCAUUGACGGAGGAUGGAGUGGUAAAAAACCCGUAUGCUCAGGUGACCAACGGCGAUUUGUAGAUAAAACAUUUUAGUUAAAGAGAUUGCUUCUUUGUCUUAUCCUCAACUAGCUUAUUUUAGUCAUUAGAUAGAUUUAUUUGAUUUAAUAUGUGUUUUGUUUAAAUUUGAGUAUGUUUUAAUCGAUAGUUACUUUAAUUCUCAUUUUUCACUUUGUUAAGUGCCUAGAUCGUCUUCUUCUUCUUAUUUUUAUUCAUUGGAAUGCGAGGAAAUAUAUACGUAUUAAUUAAGUAAAAGAAGACAUAGACGACUUAAUGAUUUGCGUUGUUUUGUUUUCAGCAAAUUGUAAAGAUCCUGGUAUUCCAAAACACGGUGAAAGGAAAGGCAACAGUUUUGACCAUGGCAAAACAUUGAGCUUUUCAUGUAACGUUGGAUACACUUUGGUUGGUGACAAGAUUAUUGAGUGCCGGGAAGGGAUUUGGAGCGCACAGUCACCGCUUUGUAAAAGUAAGUUAUUAAGAAAGAAAGAUAUGCAUUAUUUGCCCUUACACUAGAUAAUUGCACAAGGGCAUAAAAAAUGAUUUGCAGAUUAAACCUGUUGACUCAUGGGACCGGUAUUAAAAGCCUCCAUUUUUAUGAUCAGGCUACAUGUCGCUUGUUCCUGAUCUUGAAGUUUAUCUGCAUGCGAACGCUAAUUGACUUUGUUUACUUUAGGAGCCCGAAAAAGUAUUUUUUCUUAACUUCGCAGAAACGUGCAGUGAUCCUGGAGCUCCACAAAACAGUGGCCGAAUUGGUAGUGAUCUCAGGCAUGGAAAGACUAUUAAAUUUCUCUGCCUACACGGCUUUACGUUGCGCGGUGUGAGUAGCAUAACCUGUAAUGACGGAAAAUGGAGCAGUGAAAACCCCGUAUGCUCAGGUAACCAAAGGCGAUUUGCGGUUUAAACAACGAACUAAAAGAUUGCUAGGUUUGCUUGUUCUUUUUCUUUUUUUCCAUUCCUGAAAAAAAGUUGCAGCCCUAUGUAUCGUUAUUGUUAUAAAUUCGCUCGUCGUUAAUCGUAUUUCGAAAAGCGCAAAGGAAGAAGGGGGAUGGAGAUGGGGACUAGAAAGGCGCGCAAACACUCGAUGAGCGAGACAUAAAAACUAUCAUGAAAAUUAUAUAGUGGGUCAUGCAAUACAUUAAAGUCUUAAUCCUAUGUGACACGGAAUUUUAUAGUUGAAAUAGCCCGCGUGAUAAUUUGAUAUAAUACGAUAACAUAUUGAUAGAUUGAGCUGAAAAAAACUUUAAUGCAAGGCAAACUACAAAUAAUUGCAUAAGACCAAAAAAGGUAAUUUAGGGCCUGUUUACAUAGAGGUAGGGGACCCCAGGUAGGUGAGGUAACCCGCUUAGGUCGGGUAACCCGCAUGUUCAUAAAAUCUCUUAUGUUGAGCACGUUUACAUGAUAGGUGGGGUGACCAGACAUAUGUUACUUCACCUAUCUGGGGUUCCCCACCUCCAUGUAAACAGGUCCUUAAUAACAGACUAGAAAAUUUCUCAAUGCGCGAAUUAAAUGGAAAAAUGUAUUUUUCCUGUUGUAAGCAAGUUGUAAGGAUCCUGGUAUUCCAGAACACGGUGGAAGGAAAGGUAGCAGUUUUGACCAUGGCAAAACAUUGAGCUUUUCAUGUAAUAUUGGAUACACUUUGGUUGGUGCCCAGACUAUCGAAUGCCGUGAGGGAAUUUGGAGCGCACAGUUGCCGCUUUGCAAGAGUAAGUUUUCUUUAACUUCUAAUCUCAAAGACGGAGCUUAUUUCUUACACUAGCUAUUUACACAAGAGCAUAUUCAAGAAUGGUGUCCUCAGUUACAGAAUAAUUAACGUGAAGUUGUGGGCUCUCUCUUAAAUUAAUGGUUGUAAUUAUCGUAAUGCCGCGUUUCCAACUUCACAGAGCGUUGCACUAAUCCAGGAGCUCCACAAAACGGUCACAGAAGUGGCAGUGAUUUCAGACAUGGAAAAAAGGUCACCUUUACAUGCCAACGUGGUUUUACAUUACGUGGCAUUAGUAGCAUUACGUGCAAUGACGGGACAUGGAAUGGAAACGUUCCCGUAUGUAGAGGUAAGAGAGGCAUGAGUGACUCUAGUCUACAUAAUUAUAAUUGUACCUUUACAAGUUCGUUUUGCUGUCGGUUAUUCACGGAAUUGUUUUUCUCGUUGGCAACUGAAAUUGUACCCAUAACUUUACUUAAAUGAAACAUGUAUUACAGUGGUUUCGUUUUUGACAAUAAUUGAUUUAACUAUAUUACGUAGUCAUUCGAACUUAUGCCGAAAAAAGAAUCGUGUUGCCUUAACCGACGCUUGCUCGUUCAUGACGUAGGUGAUGACAUGGAUGACUUGUAAUCUUUAAAUCAUAGUAUGUGUAAUGUUUCACUUACUUUAAUGGUUACUAUCAGAAUGUCUUUUGAUGGCUAAUCGAGAAAUUGUAACCGAUUUCUUUCAUGUUGUUUUAUCAGUUCAUGUAAUGGUCUUUUUCACACCUGCAUAUACAAAGCUGUAUGCUUUACAGUUUGACAUUCAAUUGUCUUUGUUUCAGCUGUCUGCAAAAUUCCUUCAAUCCUGAAAAACGGAGCUAUAUCAACUGACAACUUUGACAAUGAAGGCAUUAUAGAGCUGUCUUGUCGCCACGGAUACAAAUUAAGCGGAUCGCGCGUGUUGCAAUGUAUCAGUGGCCAAUGGAAUGAUAGCCUACCACAAUGUCUUAAAGGUAAAAUAUCAACUUUAUUUGGUCAGCAAAUUGACACCAAAAAUAAUAUUAUAUGAAUCUUAACCACUCUCGUCCUCAGCUAGAAUUGGACCUACAUCAGUUCAAUUAUGGCGCAAAGAAUUAGUAACAAUGCGUUUUAUGUAUUGGAGUCUUUACUAUAUAGAAAAAAAUAGUUUAUAAAAAUUGUUUGAUGGUUUGUAGCUAUUUGUGGCAGCAUUUGCUAUCAUUUGUUUUUCUGGGGUGAAAGAUUCUUUGUUUUAGUAGAAUAAAGUGGUUAUGCCUCUAAGUCGAACAUGUCUACCGUCUGAAGACAAACGAUUCUUAUUGUUGCUGAUAACGAAAAUACAACGCAUUAUAUUAUUAUGAGGUGUUUAUGAUUUUAGAUACUUGUCCCAGUCCCCCUACAAUUGCGCACGGUUCACACAAUGGUAAUGAUUUCACCAGUGGCACAAGCGUGACGUACUCGUGCAACAAACAAUAUGUUCUGGAAGGUUCUGCUGUCAUCCGAUGUGUGCAUAGACAGUGGAUUGGACAAGUACCAGUAUGCAAAGGUAUUGAUUUUUAGGCAUUAAAGGGGCUGUGUCUCGUGGAUACUGCUCUUUUGGGUUAAUCCUGUGCUUAAGUCAUUACUUAGUGUCUUUACUCAUACACAAGCACAAACCACAAUAACGUUUUGGUGAUUUCCUCUGAUAUAACAUUAAAACGAAUUUUUUUUUCAAAUUUUCUGUUUAUGUCCAUCCGGUCAUCAGUAGAAGCACAUGAUAGGAGACAGAUUCAACGUGUAGUAGUCGUAAAUAGCAAAACAGGUCCAUGAGUUUUUGGAAUUCAAUUCAGUGACGAGGAGAAACGCUUUAGCUUAUUAAAAUGGUAGCAAAUAGCAUGACACAGUCCGUUUUAGAUAAUAAUUCAACUGAGUAAUAUUUAUAUGAUAUACCGCUGCUUUCUCGGUGGUAUACUUUAUUCCUGGUAACCAUUAGUAAAUAUUGUCAGCAGGAUCAUUUCUUUAAUGUUCUCUUUCAGCCCCUUGCCUGGCCCCAAAAGUACCAGCUAAUGGCUUUGUGUUUGGUGAUAACCUGCAACAUCAUAGUAAUGUACAGUUCUGGUGU